CUGUGGACUACCGCUAUGUCUUUUCUCAGGGCUGCUUUAAACAACACUCUCAUCAUUCAUCCUCCAGGCUUCUAUAUCAUCGGAUUUGAGACAUUUCCCUACAUCAGCAUCUAUUUUGUCUUUCUAACAUUUGUCUAUGUGGUUACAGUGCUGUUCAAUAGUUUGGUGAUCUAUGUAAUUGCCUUUAAUCAUUGUUUACACACUCCAAAAUUUCUGGCUGUGGUCAAUCUUGCAGUAAUCGAUAUCAUCCUGAACACAUGCACUAUUCCCAGCAUGAUAAAGAUAUUUCUCAUUCGAGAUAAUUUCAUUCCAUUCAAUUUGUGUUUGGUACAAAUGUUUAUCUACUAUGCUUUUGGGACUUUGGAGUCAUAUGCACUGGCUAUUCUUGCUUAUGACAGGUUGAUUGCAAUAUGUUUCCCUCUGCGUCAGAACUCAAUCAACACACUGCAGAGCAUGUCUUGUAUUGUAGGCCUGACUUGGUCUUUUUCUCUUGGAAUAAUUGCAUUUGCAGUAGGUAUAAUGACUCGACUGUCUUUUUGCAAUUCUGUCAGUGUGUUCAGUUAUUUCUGUGACUACGCACCCGUGUUUAGACUCGCCUGUAACGAUUACACACUGCAGUGGUCUGUGGCCUCUUUGCUUACUUUCCUGCUCCUUGUUGGCCCCUUUACUUUUAUUCUUCUGUCUUAUGUCAGCAUCCUGGUGACUGUGUUCAGGAUGAAAUCUUUAGACAGUCGGAUGAAAGCUUUGGCCACUUGUGUCGAGCAUCUCAUUCUUGUUGCUGUGUUCUACAUUCCUCUCUUGACCAUUUUCAUUAUUGGAUUUUACCUGGGAGUCAUUGAUCCGGACCAGCGUGUGCUGAGCCUGUCACUGGCCUCUUGCCUCCCGCCCUGCAUCAAUCCUAUUGUAUAUUCUUUGAAAACCAAAGAGAUCAAAACAAGAGCUGUGGCACUGGUAAGAAAAAAUAAAAUUUUCAUAGAUCAGCAUUAA